AUGUCCAUUUUGAUGCCAUGGAUGGUUCCAUCUGAACCCACAUGAAGUUUGGGAAGGAGAUCCGACGGCAUGCAGAGACUCAUCCGCGCUAUCGGAAUUUUUACCUGGCCUACAAGGAGUUGAAAGGCUUGAUCAAAAGAGAUGAGCGUACAAAGCUACGCGAAUUGCUCAGGCAGCAACUCCUGAAGAUCAGCGGCUAUGCGGAACUCCAAUCUGAGACCAUUGGGGGCGAGAUCCGCUACAUUCUCCAGAAGCGGAAUCCAUUGCCUUUGGAUGUCACGAGAGACCGCCUCCAAACCUUGGUGGAGGACUACAUGGAGCUGUUCGAGUUCUGGAACGUCAACCAGGAAGGUUUUCGGAAGAUUUGCAAAAAGAUCGACAAGAAAUGUCAAGACAGGUGCUCCAAGUGGUUUCUGCCCAUGGUGGAAACCUGCGAGUUUCGGUGUAAAGACUGGGAUCUGUCAUUGCUACUUCUCGGGCAAGUGCAUGGCCUGGUUGUGGCACCAGAGCUCCUCGAAGGCUCUUUGCGGGAUGAGGUGAUUCUCAUUCCUGCUCAAGACGUCAUGAAGGCGAAGGUGAUCCUCGGUACUGUGUGUUUGGGGCCACCAGACCCUCGUCCGGAAACCUCUGAUGCGCUACAUCGCAAUCCGUCAAGGUCUUUGUUCACAGAGAUUCGCAAGGUGAAGCCAAUUACGCACCUCGUGUGGUUGGAUUCUCCUGAACUCUCACAGUUUUUGCAGCGCUACCGCCGAAGAAACUGUGAACUCUUUCUGGAAGACACCCCUGCGGUGUCGGAGUUCCGGUUUCGCUGGGUCGAAGGCGCUGCAGAGGACGUCUUCCUGGACAUCGUCUACCGCAACCGGGAACAACAUAGCGUGCGAAUGCGACACAGCGAGGUCGCAGACCUUUGCGCUCAGAAGCCAGCUGGAAGAGCAGAGCGGGCAGUUGAAGAGAUCCGGCAUCUCAUCAAUGACAAUGGCCUUCUACCUGUGGUCAGCUGUAGUUUUCGGCGAACCACCUUUGGCCUUGUGAAGCACAGCAUGCAGGACGACUCAGCGCCUCUGGCUGUCCUUGACGAGGACAUUGUUUUCAUCGAUGAGUGGCGAGAGAAGAGGACAAAGCAGUGGUGCCGCAUGCUGGAAGAGGCCGAAUCUCCAACGCAGGAGGGCCGCCAUACGUUGGGCUGGGCCUUGUUGCGGCUGAAGCGUGGCGCUCCAGCGGGUGCUGCUCAAAAGCUUCGAGAACUGGGCAUGUCCCAGGCGCACUUCUUCUCCAAAGCCCUGUGUGGCACAUUGAUUUUCCAGCAGGCAGCCCUGCUGCGCCUGCCAAUUCCAGUGGACUUUUCUUUGCAAACAGUUUUCAGGUUGUCAACUGCUGGUUUUCCAUUGCCGGAGAAUGAAAUCAUAGAAGAGUCAAUCGACGAACCGGGGAGAAGCUCUCCUGCGUCUCCGGCCACUGAGGCAGAACCCGCAUGGGCAGCUGAAAAGAUGGCUGCGUGGUGCAGGUACUUUCGAUCGCUGAAUACCAGCGACGGACGGAACGGUGAGGAUUUGCUGUUGGUUGAUUGCAAAACACCCAUGUCAAAUGAAAGAACUGUCCUACGCUGGUUCCGCUCUGCAGUGAUGAUGCUGUCGGUCAGCGCCUUUCUCACCAGCAAUGACGGAUUUGCGAAUCAGAUCAAUGGGUUGCUUGUGGGAGCCGUUGCACUCCUAUGUGUGUUUUGGCCUUUGAGCCUUUUUCAUCAGAGGUCGGCGAUGAUCCAGAAACCACGCGGCCUUGGCCAACCAGCUACAGACCGCGCAAUGCCACAGGGCCCUACAAGCACAAGAACUUCCAACCUGGACUUGCCCAACCCUGCAUCACUUCUCUUCUUCACCAACUGAGCUCCCACAUCGCGUGCGUCAGGGCUUUGGGCUUCGCUCUGGCCUCCAUUCUCACAUCUGUGCUCGUUGUUCAUGCUGCAUAUGGCACUAGCUAACCGAUUGAGCACGGCUCGAAAAGGGAA